AAAAAAUCUCUCUUUUUGCAAACGCUUCACACCUUUGGAUACAACAAUUGGCAACAUGGUCAAACUCAUUAUCCCCUCCCUUAUGGGCGGUCUUACCCUUGCCCUGGCCGCCAACAUCCCUGUUGUUCCCGGCUCUGCAGAUAAUUUGUUACGACGAGACCUCGGAUGUAACAUUUGUACACAGGUCUUGGAACCAAUUCUGGCACUUGAGCCCGAACCGAAUGCUAUCGUCGGGGCGUUGGAUAAUGCUUGUCGCUCGCUCCCGGUGGAUCGCCAGAAGUGCGAAAACUUUGUUAGUGUAUACGGCAGUUUGAUAAUUAAUCUUGUGCAGCAAGAUCUAGGCGCCAACGCUAUAUGUGCCGCCGUGGGAUUGUGUGAAGCCUGAGGUGUACGGGCGGUUACCUAUUUAGAUCCCGGUUAGGACCCCAAGUGAUUCGUUCUAUUCCAGUCCAAAUACAUUCUUCCAUAGAGCCCUGAGCAUUCCCUCUUA